AUGUCCUCCCAACCCCUCCUCCAGUCCGCCCCGGGUAAGCGGAUUGCUCUCCCAACUCGCGUUGAACCAAAGGUCCCUCCCCCUCCCUUCUUCAACCCGCUUCCCCAAACUAACACUUCCCUCCACCCCAAAAAAAAGGUCUUCUUCGCCAACGAGCGAACAUUCCUCUCCUGGCUCAACUUUACCGUGAUCCUCGGCGGCCUGGCCGUAGGCCUGCUCAACUUUGGCGACAAGGUGGGCCGCAUAUCCGCCGGCCUAUUCACCUUUGUGGCGAUGGGUACUAUGUUGUACGCCCUCGUCACAUUCCAUUGGCGCGCUGCGGCGAUCCGGAAGAGGGGCCAAGGGAGCUUCGAUGAUCGGUUCGGUCCGACGGUAUUGGUGAGUUCCUCGCGAUAUAUAUAUCGGGGUGCGGGAUCGUUGGGGGGAUGCUAAUGCGUGGGGAGGGGGGUUACAGGCGCUCACUCUGUUCGCGGCUGUUAUCGUUAACUUUGUGUUGAGGGUGUUCACUUAA